UCCUGAAAACAGCAAAUACAACUUCAAAAAAAAAAACAAUGACUUCAAAGAACUCAGCCUCUCUUGCUCUUUUCUUCGCCCUCAACAUCCUUUUCUUCACCUUAACCACUGCAACUGAUUGUGGAUGCAACCCAAGUCCUAAGGUCCCAAGUCCUAAGGUUCCAAGUCCUAAGGUUCCAAGUCCUAAGGUUCCAAGUCCUAAGGUCCCAAGUCCUUCAGUUCCAAGUCCUUCGGUCCCAAGUCCUAACCCUAGGCCAGUCACGCCUCCUAGCACCCCUGGCUCAUCUGGAAACUGUCCUAUUGAUGCUCUCAGACUCGGUGUAUGUGGAAAUGUCCUAAGCGGUCUACUCAACAUCCAGUUGGGUCAGUCUUCAUCUCAACAAUGUUGCUCACUCAUCCAAGGUUUGGUUGACGUCGACGCUGCGAUUUGUCUUUGCACUGCUUUGAGGGCUAAUGUUCUUGGCAUCAACCUUAACGUUCCCAUAUCCCUCAGCGUUCUUCUCAAUGUUUGUAACAGAAAGCUCCCAUCUGGUUUCCAAUGUGCUUAAACGAUAUCAGCUAUUCGCACACACAGUGUUCUCUUCAAUAUCAUUACAGUUUGAAUAAUUGCAUGUACACUAGACUUUAAUGUUUAAAUCUUAAUCUGUUUUAAGUGAUAUAAUAAACAUGUGAGAGUUUUCUAGUUUAUUUCUGUAAACGUUCCCCUCAGUGUAUUUCU